UCCGAUUCGUUCCAUUUCGUCUGAAAGAGAGAAGGAUGGGGACGGAGAAGGGGAUCUCGGACCGGCCUCUCCUCCUCGACGACGCGGAGGCGGGAGCUCCGGCGGACUACCCCGCGGUGCGGACCGCGAGGGAGGCGUGGGCGGUGUUCGCGGAGGAGUCCAGGAAGCUGUGGGCGAUCGGCGCCCCCAUCGCGCUCAACAUCCUCUGUCUCUACGGCUACAACUCCUCCACCCAGAUCUUCGUCGGCCACCUCAGCAACCUCGAGCUCUCCGCCGUCGCCAUCACCCUCAACGUCCUCUCCUCCUUCGCCUUCGGAUUCCUUCUCGGCAUGGGGAGUGCACUGGAGACGCUGUGCGGGCAGGCGUUCGGCGCCGGGCAGGUGGAGAUGCUCGGCGUCUACUUGCAGCGCUCCUGGAUCAUCCUCCUCGUCUCUUCCGUCAUCAUGUCGCCCGUCUUCUUCUUCGCCUCCCCGGUGCUGCGCCUCAUCGGCCAGGACGCGACCAUCGCCUCCAUGGCCGGCGAUUUCGCGAUCGCCGUCAUCCCCCAGAUGUUCGCCUCCGCCAUCAUCUUCCCCUCUCAGAAGUUUCUCCAGGCGCAGAGCAAGGUGGUUGUCCUCGCCGCCAUCGGCCUCGUCGGCCUCGCCCUCCACGUCGCCAUGCUCGCCCUCUUCGUCUACGUCCUCGAUUGGCGCAUCGCCGGCGCCGCCGCCGCCUUCGACAUCUCCGCCUGGGCCGUCGCGCUGGCCCAGGUCGCAUACAUCGUCGGCUGGUGCAGGGACAGCUGGACUGGCCUGUCAUGGGCCGCCUUCAAGGACCUCUGGUCCUUCGUCCGACUCUCGGUGGCGUCGGCCUUGAUGCUCUGCCUCGAGAUAUGGUACAUGGCCAUCCUCAACGUCCUCACCGGCCACCUCGACGACGCCGAGAUCGCCAUCGGCUCCCUUUCCAUUUGCCUGAACAUAAAUGGUUGGCAGGGCAUGAUCUUCAUCGGUAUCAAUGCCGCCAUAAGCGUUAGAGUGUCGAACGAGUUGGGAGCAGGUCGGGCGAGGGCAACCAAGUUCUCGGUGGUGGUGGUGAUCAUCCAGUCUCUGGCCAUCGGCCUCUUCUUCAUGGUUCUCAUCCUCGCAACCCGCAACUAUUUCAGCGUAAUCUUCACGAGCGACAAGGACCUGCAACGAGCCGUCGCCAAGAUUGCCUACCUUCUCGCCGUCACCAUGGUCCUCAACAGCAUCCAACGAGUCAUUUCAGGGGUUGCAAUUGGAGGAGGGUGGCAGGGACUAGUGGCUUACAUCAACUUAGCUUGCUACUAUGUUUUCGGCCUUCCUUUGGGUUUCCUGCUGGGCUAUGUCUUCCAACGAGGAGUAGAGGGAAUUUGGGCAGGCAUGCUCUGUGGAAUCUUUGUGCAAACACUAGCUCUGUUGUUCAUAGUUUGGAAGACAGAUUGGAAGAAAGAGGCAAACCAAGCUGCAGAAAGAGUGAGGUUGUGGGGCGGGCGGUAUGAGAAUUGAAAGGUGGAAAGAACAAGAGCAGUUUAUUCAGGCUAUUGCAGACGUUUAUUUAGAUUGGUAUCUAGUUAAUUAACUCAUUUACUUGAGAGUGUUGUAGUUUAUGUCGUUUUCCCUUUUUCUCUUUCCCAGCAUUCAGCUUAAUUUAACUACUGUUGUAGAAUUUAGAAGUGCAGGAUUCUCGUCAAGUAAUAAAAUAUUUAUCACAC